GCUCUCUCCCUCUCUCUCUCUCUGAGUCAUCCUUCUCCAAAGGGUGUUUAUAGUGUGUAGAGCCACAAAACUCAGCUAGACUUGAAACUGGACUGGAUCCCUGCUCUUUGCCCCAAGAAACAAAGCAGUGAAUCACGGUAAGAAAGGUCCCUGCUGACUAGAUUUAUCUCAUUAGAAUGGAAGUCUCGGCGGAGGAUGACUACUAUUACCAUGAGAACUUCAGUUUCAACUUCAGCUAUGAUGACUACUCCCCACUCUGUGAGAAGGGUGACAUCCGCUCUUUCGCAGCCCUUUUCUUCCCCAUCACGUACACAGUGUGUGUGGUGGUGGGGCUGACAGGAAACAUCUUAGUGGUGGCUGUGUAUGCCUACCACAAACGCCUGAAGACCAUGACAGAUGUUUUCCUCACCCAACUGGCUGUGGCGGACCUGCUCCUGCUCUUUACGCUGCCUUUCUGGGCUGCUGACGCGGCGAGGGGUUGGGAGCUCGGGGAGGUCGUCUGCAAGAUCGUGUCGGCCUGCUACACUGUCAACUUCACCUGCUGCAUGCUACUGCUGGCCUGCAUCAGCCUGGAUCGGUACUUAGCGCUGGCCAGAGCACAGGGCAGAGAGCAAGGAGGGUGGUUGCAGAGGAUAUUCACCAGGAGACACUGCUGGAAGGUGUGUGGGAUUGUUUGGGGGACAGCUUUCAUCCUGGGCCUGCCUGAUUUGAUACUGUCUGAAGUUAGGUGGGCAUCGGAUAGGAAUAUCUGUCAAGCUAUCUAUCCUCCAUCUUUAGCUAGAGAGGCUAAAGCUUCCCUGGAGAUAGCCGAGGUGCUGCUGGGAUUUGUGAUUCCUCUCCUGGUUAUGGUGAUCUGUUACUGGAGAGUGGGCCGAGCGCUUAAGAGCCUCCCUAUCGAGAGCAGAGGCAAGAAGUGGAAAACCCUGCGUGUUCUCCUAAUAGUAGUGGGGGUGUUUGUGGUCACUCAGCUGCCCUAUAACGUUUUGAAGGUCUACCGGACGAUGGACUUUGUCUACAUUUUAGUGACCCACUGUGGGACAAGCAAAGUGUUGCACCAGGCGGCUCAGGUGACAAAGAGUCUGGCCCUCACUCACUGCUGCCUCAACCCGAUCCUCUACGCCUUCGUGGGGUCCUCCUUGCGGCAGCAUAUGAUGAAAGUGGUCAAGAAGUUUGGGGAGAAGAGAAAAAGAAGCGGGAGGACGAGAACUCCUGCAGAGGAUGAAGGGAUGGAGAUGUCAUUCAACUCCUGCAGUGCAUCCCAAGAGACUAACACAUUCUCAAUAUGAGUUACCACUAGUACUUCAUGGUGAAAGACAUAUAGACAUGCAUCAAAAUCACAUAUCUAGACUUAUUUAGUAGAGUAGAAGAAUAGAUACAGUUACUCUGUGUUAUAGUCUACAUUUUUUGAAAACAACAGCGAUGGAACCAUAUGUGGAAAUCAUUACAUUUACACUACCAUGAAUAUGGACAAUUUAGGGUUUUUUUAGAUAUAUUUUUGGGUAUUUUUUUGCCUUUAAUAGAUAGCUGAUAGUAGAGAAGCAGACAGGAAACGAGGGAAGAGAGAGGGGCAACAACAGUCCCUAGCCGGAGUCAAACAAAGGACAUUGCAGUCACAUGCGCAGUUACCACUCAGUUACGAGGGCAAUGUAGUUUAUUUUGAGUCAAACUGACAUACACUGUCCUGCUACAGUAAAUACACUAGAGAAUCAAAUGUGUAUCAAUCUGCGGAUGAAAAUAGUCCACAACAAAUGCAUUAUUUACCCUUCUUUGUGUAACUUUUUGCAAUUUUUGUUUUAAGAAAGCACAUAGCCUUUUUUUUAAAAAAAGAUGGAACUAUAUAUUUGUGGCGUAUUUUUUAAGAUUUGAUUCUUUAUUAGGUAUGAAUGGGCCUAUGUUUUGUAUUAUGUUUUGUCAGUUUUU